AUGGGAAACAAUCCUCCAGACGGCCAGCUCUCAGCUCCCUCUGGGGUCGCAGCCCUCCAGAGGCAGGUGUUUGAUUUCCUGGGCUACCAGUGGGCUCCUAUUCUGGCCAACUUCCUGCACAUCAUGGCUGUGAUCCUGGGCAUGUUCGGCACCGUGCAGUUCCGCUUCAGAUACCUCAUCUUUGACCGGGACUUCCUCAUGACUUUCAACACGUCCCUCCAUCGCUCGUGGUGGAUGGAGCACGGCCCCGGUUGCCUGGUGACGCCGGUCCUGGACUCCCGCUUGGCCCCGGACGACCACCACGUCAUCACCGUGUCGGGGUGUCUCCUCGACUACCAGUACAUCGAGGUUUUGAGCUCGGCCCUCCAGAUCCUCCUGGCUGUGCGUAAAACGACGUCGGACGGGUUCCCACACACUCCAGGAGUGACUCAGCUCUGCGUAACGCUCCUGUUUUUCUCUCUUUUUUCCCGGCCUCCUCUCUUCCCCCGGCAGCUGUUCGGCUUCGUCUACGCCUGCUACGUGAGCAAAGUCUUCCAGGAUGACGAGGACAGCUAUGGACAAGUGGUGUUUGUGUAUUUCAGAUUAAUCUGA